ACCAUUGUUAUGCCAACCCCCUUCCAAUUCUACCCGGACCCUUAAACCCUUCCCCCUCGCGUUCUGUAUCAGUUUACACGACCUGAACUAUCUACCACUUCUUCUGAAAACGGUGCCCAUACGCACGGAUUUUGCAUGUAAAGUCUCGAGCUUGUCUUCUACACAACUACACAGACGCGUAUUUAUCGUUUGUUGCUCGAUUCCCGUCGAAAAUGAGUACCGUAGAUAAAAUGCUGAUAAAGGGUAUCCGUAGUUUUGAUCCGGAGAACAAGAACGUCAUCACCUUCUUCAAGCCCUUAACGCUUAUUGUUGGUCCAAAUGGCGCCGGAAAGACUACGAUCGUUGAGUGCUUAAAGGUUGCUUGUACCGGUGAGUUGCCACCGAAUGCUAGGUCUGGUCAAAGCUUCAUUAAUGAUCCUAAGGUUGCAGGAGAAACAGAAACAAAGGCACAAAUAAAGCUCCGUUUCAAGACGGCAGCUGGUAAGGAUGUGGUGUGUAUAAGAUCAUUUCAACUGACCCAAAAGGCAUCAAAGAUGGAAUACAAGGCAAUUGAGAGUGUUCUUCAGACACUUAAUCCUCAUACAGGAGAGAAGGUUUGCCUGAGCUACAGAUGUGCUGAUAUGGAUCGUGAAAUUCCAGCUUUAAUGGGUGUGUCAAAGGCUGUUCUUGAAAAUGUAAUAUUUGUGCAUCAAGACGAGGCUAACUGGCCAUUGCAAGAUCCUUCAACAUUGAAAAAGAAAUUUGAUGAUAUCUUCUCUGCUACUAGGUACACUAAGGCUUUGGAAGUCAUUAAGAAGCUUCACAAAGAUCAAGCUCAGGAGAUUAAGAUGUAUAAAUUGAAGUUGGAAAAUCUCCAAACACUGAAAGAUGCUGCAUACAAGCUUCGAGAAAGCAUAUCACAAGAUAUGGAGAAAACAGAGGCAUUGAAAAGUCAAAUACAAGAGCUGGACACUCACAUUCAGAAUAUUGAUGCGAAGAUUAAUCAAACCGAAGUGACACUAAAAGAUUUGAGACAACUUCAGGAGCAGACUAGGGCAAAAUCUGCUGAAAGAAGUACUUUAUUCAAGGAGCAACAGAGGCAAUAUGAGGCACUUGCAGAGGAGAAUGAGGACACUGAUGACGAAUUAAUGGAAUGGAAGACCAAGUUUGAGGAGAGGAUUGCUAUUCUGGAGUCUAAAAUUAAUAAGCUGGAGAGAGAAAAGGAGGACACAGAGACAAAGAGUUAUGCCCGUAAGAAAACUAUAAACGACUGCAUACUGGGGAUCGGAAAGCUUCAAAGUGAGGCUGAAGUUCAUGUCUCCUUGAAGAAUGACAGAGAUUUAAUGAUUCAAGGCCUCUUUUCUAAGCAUAAUCUAGGCAAUAUUCCCUCUAGGCCUUUCAAUGAGGAAGUUGCAUCUAACCUUACAAACCGUGUGAAGUCAAGGUUAGGAGAUUUUGAGAAAGACUUGGAAGAUAAAAAGGGUUCAAAUGAAGCAGAACUUAAGGUGGCAUGGAGUCGCUAUUUGGAUGCAAAUGAUCGCUGGAAAAAUGUUGAGGCCCAGAAGCAGGCUAAAACACUGAUCAAGAGUGAUAUUCUAAAACGCAUUCAAGAAAAGGAGAUGGAACGCGAUUCGUUUGAACUUAAAAUUUCCAACAUCAAUCUGAUACACAUCGAUGAAAGAGAAAAGAACUUGUCAAUUGAGGUUGAGAGGAAGUCCAAUCAACUUGCGGAAAGAGAUUUUGAAUCGAACAUACGCCAAAAGCAGAGUGAGAUAUUUAGCAUUGAGCAAAAUAUUAAAGUUCUAACUCGUGAAAAAGACAGGAUGGCUUCUGAUUCUGAAGACAGAAUUAAACUUUCUUUGAAGAAGGCAGAACUAGAGAGUCAAAAGAAAAAGCACAAAAAGAUAAUUGAUGACCACAAGGAUAGAAUUAGAGGUGCAUUAAAAGGAAGACUUCCUCUGGAAAAGGAUUUGAAGAAAGAAAUCACUCAGGCGUUUAGGACUCUCACAGCUGAGUUUGAUGAUUUGAGCUCAAAAUCUAAUGAAGCUGAAAAGGAGGUGAAUAUGUUGCAGAUGAAAAUACAGGAAGCUAAUCAGAAUCUAUCCAAACUUUGCAAGGACAGGGACAGCCGAAAGCGAUUUAUAGAAUCAAAACUUCAAACCUUGGAUCAGUUCGCAGGUGUUGAGUCUUUUAUUCAAGCUCUGGAUGUAGCUAAGGAGAAAAGAGAUGUGCAGAAGAGUAAAUAUAAUAUUGCGGAUGGAAUGCGACAGAUGUUUGAUCCUUUUGAACGAGUAGCACGUGCUCAUCAUAUCUGUCCUUGUUGUGAGCGUCCUUUCUCUGCAGAAGAGGAAGAUGAAUUUGUUAAAAAGCAACGAGUUAAGGCUACAAGUUCAGCAGAGCAUAUGAAAGUAUUGGCUGUAGAGUCCUCAAGUGCUGAAUCCUUCUUCCAGCAGCUAGACAAGCUCCGUCUUGUCUAUGAAGAGUAUGCUAAAACUGUCAAAGAAACUUUUCCUAAUGCAGAGAAGAAUCUUUGUGAUCUGAAUGAGGAGUUGGGUCAUAAGUCCCAGGCACUUGAUGAUGUAUUGGGUGUUGUGGCUCAAAUAAAGGCCGAAAAGGACUCUUUGGAAGCCUUAAUGCAACCACUAGAAACUGCUGAAAGACUUUACCAAGAAAUACAGAGUUUGCAAAAUCUAAUUGAUGAAUUGGAAUAUAAGCUUGAUUUUCGAGGACAAAGUCAUAAAACUGUUGAAGAAAUGCAGUUGGAACUGAACGGCAUGCAGGCCAAGAGGGAAAGCAUGCAAAAUGACCUGGAAAAGUUAAGGGAUGAUCAAAGGUUUAUGGAAAAUGACUUGUCAAGCAUAAAGUUACGGUGGCAUACAGAGAGGGAGGAGAAAAUGAGAGCAGAAAGCACAUUGCGUGAUUUUAAGAAGGCAGAGGAAGAUUUAGAUCACUUGGCUGAAGAGAGAAGUCAAAUUGAUCAUGAUGUAAAGCAUUUAGCAGACGCCAUUGGUCCUUUAUCGAGAGAGAAGGACAAAUUGCAUUCUGAUUACAAUGAUUUGAAGGACAGGCUUAAUGUUGAAUAUGAGAAGCAGGCUGAAGUUAAGAGACACUAUCUCCAAGAAGUUGAGAGACUUCUGGCAGUAACCUCCAAAAUCAAAGAGUAUAAUGAUCAAAGAAAAGGAGAGAGGUUGAAAGAACUGGUUGAAAAGAGAAGUCUAGCUGAAUCUGAACUUCAAACUUAUGAAAGCAGGAAGCAGGAGAUUGAGAACGAGUUUAAUAAAAGCAAAGACUUGGUGAGAAGUCAAGAUCAACUGAGGCGUAAUAUUGAGGACAAUUUGAACUAUAGAAAAACAAAGGCUGAAGUAAUUGAGCUUACCCGUGAAAUUGAAUCACUGGAAGAGAGAACAUUGAAGAAUGGUGGAAUUUCGAAAAUUGAAGCUGACCUUGUGAAACUUUCUCAAGAAAGAGAAAGACUUCUUUCCGAGGUCAACAGAUUCCACGGUACAUUGUCUGUGUACCAGAACAAUAUUGCGAAGAACAAGGUUGAUCUUAAACAAACUCAGUACAAGGAUAUUGACAAACGCUAUUUUGAUCAACUGAUCCAGCUUAAGACAACCGAUAUGGCAAACAAGGACCUUGAUAGAUAUUACAAUGCUCUUGACAAGGCUCUGAUGCGAUUCCAUACAAUGAAAAUGGAAGAAAUAAACAAGAUUAUAAGAGAAUUAUGGCAGCAAACUUAUAGGGGACAGGACAUAGAUUAUAUUAGCAUCCAUUCAGAUGCUGAAGGUGCUGGGACUAGAUCCUAUAGCUACAAGGUCCUAAUGCAAACUGGUGACGCUGAACUGGAAAUGCGAGGAAGGUGUAGCGCUGGUCAAAAGGUUUUGGCUUCCCUGAUUAUAAGAUUAGCAUUAGCAGAGACGUUCUGUCUUAACUGUGGAAUACUUGCUCUCGACGAACCAACAACAAAUUUAGAUGGCCCGAAUUCAGAGUCUCUUGCUGCAGCUCUUUUAAGGAUAAUGGAGGACAGGAAAGGGCAGGAAAAUUUCCAGCUUAUUGUGAUAACCCACGAUGAGCGGUUUGCUCAGCUUAUAGGUCAACGUCAGCAUGCUGAAAGAUACUAUCGGGUGGCCAAAGAUGACCACCAACAUAGCAUAAUCGAAGCCCAGGAGAUAUUCGAUUGAUUGAGUUGAUGCAAGGAAGAUUAGGUUUCUUGAAAUAUAAUCGUUUAUUGUCAUUUAUAAAGUAUUUUAUCUAUAUUUUGUUUAGUCUGGAAAUGAUCCUUGACAUAUUAUUACUGGCCCUUUUAAGUUUUACCAGGAAAUACUUUUGACUGACAUAAGAUUACAUUUUCAUGUCCAUUUCAAAUUACCUUGCUUUUGAAUCCUUUGAUUUUACAAUUUCAACAAUUACAAAUAUCUAACUAGAAAGUUAAAAUCU